CGAAAAGAAUGCGUAAUUGACAACGAAGGCGCAAUCAUUGACUCCGUACGCCUAUGGUCAUUGAGUUGCGCUCUCAGGACUGACUCCAUCCUCCUCAGAACCAGGAGGGAAGAGCACAUGCGCCCAGGCGACGGAGUUCUCUUAAUCUACGCGACUGACACCCGCGCUUCAUUUGAGAACGUCAGCAUUAUCCAUCGGCAGCUGAUGAGUGCGAACAAAAAGCGUUCUUUUCCUAUCGUCAUCGUUGGCAACAGGUCCGAUCUGGAAUAUUUCAUGAAACGGUUCGCGGGCUCACGGCUGCUUUCCGUAGAGGGCGAUGAGCUUGCAAGACGCCUUGGCUGCCCCUUCAUAGAGACUUCUGCUGAGCGGCGUAUCAACGUCGACGAAGCUUUCUACGUUGUCGUG